UUUUUAUCUGCGGUUCAGUGGUAGUGUGGAUCUUUUACGUGUUGGGUUUGUUUUCAAGUUCAUGACUUUUUUGCGCGUUCUUGAAGGUAAUCCAGUUUAAUCGGCCGCAAUUACGAAACGUUUAAGUUGCAUCACGGUAACAUCGGUGCCUCUCCGCUCCUAUAACCUUCAAAGCGCGUUCAAAUCGACUGUGCGAAGGCGAAAAUGUUGUUCAUUCGAGUGCGGCGCGUAGCCACGGACGAUAAUGAAUGUUUCGCGGACGGUUAUCCGCCCUCGUAAAGAAAAUGCUCCAGCUGCUGUACCUAACGAUAUUAAACAUGUAUCGAAGUGUCGCGCCAAGACCAAACGUCGACGAUCAUUACAAAUUCAAGCCGUUCGUGUACGAGAGGGUGGUGAUUUCUAACACGGAUAUUUAUCGGAAGGUGCCCCAUCCGCGAAGCGGGCACCGCAUAGGGGCGGAUUCGAGCAAUUUUUAUUCUUUCGGCGGCUACAAUCCGCUCAUCCGCCGUGAAGAGUACCAUUACGAGGACGACUCGUAUAUCGACUCUUACCCGUUGUUUCAAGAGCUGUGGAAAUUUAAUUACGCGUCGAGGCGCUGGACGAAGUUUCGCAACAGCGAGACCCUGCCCAGGGAGCUGGUAUCCAACGCCGUAAUACUGUAUCGAAACUUGCUGAUGAUUUAUGGGGGAACGGGCUCCCCUUUCGGCACGAGGUGCAGCAAUCAGCUGUACGUGUGCAACAUAAGCGAUGAGGCGAGUCCGAUGGUCGAGGUGAAAACCACCGGUCAGUUACCGCUGCCACAAUACGGGCAGGCGAUAGUUUACCAUAAUGAUUAUUUAUAUGCCAUUGGAGGGACCACCGGUUUUUCCUACUCUUGUGAUAUUCAUAGGUUAAAUCUGCGCAGUUUUUCGUGGGAAGUCGUGUACAUAUGCAACGGCACCGGGGAGUUCGAACCCGAGGGAAGGUAUCGCCACGAGGUGGGCUUCGACGGUAAAAAUAUCUAUAUAUUGGCGGGCGGGACAGCCGAUAGGGUGUUCGACCUGUCGGAAAUUCCCACUUUCGAUAUGGAAAAGAGACAGUGGCUUAGACUGAGAACUCUGGAAGCCGGAGGUUACGGGGUUCCGAGUCCUAGGAGAUGCCACGGCGCGGUUCAGGUCGAGUCGGACGGCGAUCUAAACGUUUUCGUCACGGGAGGCCAGGACGGCGAGAACAUUUUCAACGACCUCUGGCGGUUGAAUUUGAAAACGCUCCAGUGGACGUUUUUCGAACGGUGCGAGUUGCCCCGCCCCAUGUACUUUCACGCGACCGCAGUCACGCCCGAGGGCAGACUGUACGUUUUCGGCGGCAUCUACAGCGUCAACGAUCAGGUGCACAGAAGCAACGCCGUGUAUACGUCGUGGCUGUGCAUACCGAAACUGAGCGAGAUGUGUUGGCAGUCCGUGUUGCACUAUAGUCCGCGCAUACUCGACUAUUCCAGCGACGACCUGAUAAAUGCCGGACUGCCGAAGCGUUUCGUGCACAGGCUAGAUAGGAAGAAAGUGUGCGCUUACUGAUUGAAACCGCUUUGGGAACAAUAAACGCGUUUUUUUAUUUAUA